UACAAGAGCCCAGCUCGAGUCUCGUACUGGAACGGGGCUUUGGGAGCAGAGAGGGACGAGAAGAGGGUUUUGGAAGGCGGAGAAAUCAGGCUGCUCGUGAUUCAGGGCUCCCGCCCUGUUGCUUCAGCCGCGGAAUCUUCUUGUACCAUCGAUUUUGGGUUUGGCGGAGGAGAUCAUUGAAGUUUGGCUUCAUCGGCUGAAUUUUCACUUGUGCAGGGAUUGUAAGAAAGGUCGGAAUUCUGAGAAAACAAGGGCUUUGUGCGUGGAAGGGUUGUGGCAGUGAAUGAAGCCCACCUAUUCAGAAAGAAAACCGUCACCAGGACGAUUCGAAGUUGUAUUUUAAUCAUGGUUAAGAACAUGAAGGCCCCAGUUGCCGUACCCGCUGUCAAGCGGAAAUUGAAAGACGCGGACCGCACUGCCAAGCGGAAGAGAAAAAGAAAAUCUGCUGGUACAGCUACGGACGUAAAAAAGGUUGAAACAUCUGUUGAAGAAGAAGCAAGCGAAGAGGAAGAAGUGAUGGUCCAGAAAGACGAAAGCGACACUGAUGAUGAUGAAGAGCAUAAAGUUGAGGAGAAUGUUGUCACGACAGCUACUACCGAGAACAGUGCUGCUGUUAAGUACGUUCCUCCCCAUCUGCGGCAAAAACAGAGUGCUGUUUCUGAAGACACUGUACGAUUACAGCGCCGUAUCAGAGGUCUGUUAAAUCGACUUUCCGAGGCGAAUGUGGAGUCUAUCACUUCAGAUGUGUCAACAAUAUUUCAGGCCAACGGUCGCCACAUGGUGACGGAGAUUCUUUGUAACGAGAUUGUGGGAGCUUGUAUUGAAGGACCUCGUGGCAACGACCAAUAUGCAGCAGUAUUUGCUGCCUUUGUUGCAGGGAUGGCUGCCUCAGUCGGUAUUGACUUCGGUGCCAAGUUUGUAGCUGCCUUGGCCAAGGCGUUGGAGGAUCAGUACGUCAAAGAGGAUAAUCUAGCUGUUAGGAAUCUGACUAUGCUACUCUCUCAUCUCUAUGUCUUCCGUUUGCUACCAUGUGAGCUUUUGUACGAACUGCUGGGAGUUUUGUGCAAGAGGUUCCAGGAGCUUGAUGUCGCAACAAUUUUGACUAUCUUACAGUCUUGUGGAAUAGGCUUACGUGGAGAUGACCCAGCUGCUAUGAAAGACUUCAUACUUUCCAUUCAACAACGCACAGCUGAUGUGAAAUCUCAACUGGCCAAAGCCACUGAAAACUCUUCUGGAGGAUUAAGCAAAAGGGUGCAAUUUAUGCUGGACACAAUAUGUGAGAUAAAGAAUAACAAGAAACAGAGUAAAGAGCUUGUACCUCACGCCCGGUUGAAAAAAUGGCUCCAGAAGCUGAGUGUGGAAGAUGUACAGCUUCGAGCUGUCACUUGGGUGAAACUUAUUGACACCGCCCAAAAGGGACAAUGGUGGUUACCUACGGCCGCCGACGCAGAACACGCAUCAGAGGUUAGAGGGGAAAUGCUAGGGGCUAUGGAUGCCGGGGCUCUGGAGACAGACAAAAUGCUCCAACUAGCUGCGUCUCAAAGGAUGAACACUGAUGCUCGUCGAGCUGUGUUCUGCAUGGUUAUGAGUGGUGAAGAUUACUUAGAUGCUUUCGAAAAGAUACUGAGACUGAAACUGCCUGGAACACAGGAUCGAGAAGUGUUGAGAGUUAUUGUGGAGUGCUGUUUGCAAGAGAAGGUAUUCAAUAAAUACUACGCUUUACUUGCUGCAAAGAUAUGCCAGCAUGACAAAAAUCACAAGUUCACUAUGCAGUAUUGUUUGUGGGAUCACUUCAAGCAGUUAGAUUCCAUGGAGCUACGUCGGAGUGCAAAUCUCGCGAGGUUUCUUGGUCAUUUGAUUUCAUCUGGCUCUCUGUCCUUGUCUGUAUUAAAAGCUGUAGACUUCGCUGAUCCUCGAGUGAUGACCCCCAAAGUAGUGAUGCAUUUUCGAAUAUUUUUAGAAUCUCUUCUAACGGAAUACACGGAUGAAAAGGUUUGGAAUAGCUUUUCUAGAAUAGCUCCGUCACCCAAGUUUCAGGAGUUGAGAGAUGGGUUAGUUCUGUUCUUUCAUCAGUAUAUGAAGUCAGCUAGAGUGCAAGAGAAGGAGGGGUCUGCAGGUUUGCUUGCAUUAAGAUUAAAACUGGCGAAGAAGGCAUUGAAGAAUGUAGCUGGUGUGCUUUUGAAAUAAAUCCUUUUUCACCACUUCAAGUGGA